AAUGAUGUUGUGGAUCAUGCUUCAAAUCCGUACUUCUAUAAUAGUAGAAAUAAUGUAAUUGGGAUUAUUUUGGCUCUACUUUCAAGUGGAUUUAUAGGGGCAAGUUUUAUCAUCAAGAAGAAAGGUCUUAGAAGAGCUGCUGCUGUGUCUGGUGUUGGCGGGUAUUCCUAUCUCUUGGAGCGUCUCUGGUGGAUUGGAAUGAUCACAAUGAUUGUCGGAGUGAUUGCAAAUUUUGUUGCAUAUGCUUUUGCCCCUGCAGUUCUUGUUACCCUUCUUGGUGCCUUGAGUAUCAUUGUUAGUGCGGUACUGGCUCACAUUAUUUUGAAGGAAGGAUUACAUCAGCUCGGAAUUAUGGGUUGUGUGAUGUGUAUUGCUGGUUCUGUUGUUAUAGUUAUCCAUGCACCACAAGAGCAUGCAAUCUCUUCUGUCAAGGAAAUAUGGUACAUGGCGACGCAGAAAGCGUUUAUGCUCUACAUCAGAUCAGUGGUUGUGUUGGUUUUUAUUCUUGUCUUCUACUUUGCCCCUCAAUGCGGACACUCAAAUGUACUCGUUUACACAGGAAUCUGCUCAUUGAUGGGUUCUCUCUCGGUUAUGAGUGUUAAAGCUCUUGGGACUUCACCAAAGUUAACAUCUGAGGGAAAGAACCAAUUGAUCUACUCAGAGACCUGGUUUUUUAUAUGUGUUGUGGCAAUAUGUGUUAUUACACAAAUGAACUGUCUCAACAAGGACUGGGACGACCAGAAUGUGGGGAGCAUUAUAUCAGGAAUAUGUGGCUUUAUCAUUGUUCUAUCUGGAACAGUUUUAUUACAUACUUCCAAAGAGCUGGAAAGAAGUUCAUCUUGUAAAGGUAACUACACGCCUUUAUCCCCUACAUUAUCAACCCGACUAUGUAGUACAAACGGGGUAGUACUGAAGCAUGAAGAGGAAGUUGAACCAUGUUCUGAGGAAGUCGGUGCAAGAAGAUCAGAGCUCCACGCGUAACAUGAGUUCCUUAGGAUCAGUAGUGAAAUCAACCUUCGUAGUUAAAAAUGGCUGCUUGUAAGUGAUUUAUCCAUCAUUCUUUGCUAUGGAAACUGUUCAUUUUCUGGUAUGUCUGAUAAUUUUGCAGCAAGGUCAGGAUUUCAAAGGCCUUUGAAGAAGUUCAUGGAAAAUCGACUAAUGGCAUCUUUUGUUAUGGACCGCUCCAAAAAAAUAAUAGCUAGCAAAUGUAUAGGUUUUGUGUAUUAAGUACAAAUAUACACAUAAUAUAUAUAUAUAUAUAUAUAUAUAUAUAUAUAUAUAUAUAUAUAUAUAUUAUACAUUUAUUAUACAUUUAAUAUACAUAAUAUGUGUAUAUGUUUUGUAUAUUUUGGCUAGCGACCGCAAUUAAUUUCGUUGACGGGCGAAAUUGAAAAAAUCCCAAUUGCAAAUAUGUAAAAUAGCAACACAAGAAGCGGAGUUACGAUUAGAUUUGCACUUAUUUGAAGUGACAUGAUCUUUUUGCAGUAGAAGAAAUUGCAAGGUUUUCCCUUCAAAUGAGUUGGUCUUUAAUUUUGGGGCAAAAACAUAAAUUACCAUCCGGUGAAACUAUUGACGACCGGAUGGCCCAAGAAGUAUAACAAUAACAUACUCAGUUGAUACGCUCAAAUUACAUCUAUUAGUGGGGUAAAGUGGACGUUGUCAAAUAUAGUAACCCAAACAAGGUUGGGGUCGAAUCCAACAGGGAAUAUGUAUAGAAAAGGUUACUAAUUGUAUGUGAUACUGGUCUUUAAAUGCUUUAAUUCUAUUCCGAAUAGUUUGGACUAAUUGUUUUGUAAUAUAAACUAGCACUAUGACUUGAAUUGUAAUUAACGCGAGAGAGACUAAGGUUGUGUUCCCCAUUUUGAUUAUAUAUUAUGCUUCAGGUUUCAAUGUGA